AUGGCCACAAAUCCUUCCAGUCUCGACUCCGAUGAUGCCAAAUACGCCUUGGGCACUCAUCGGGGGCCCUUGCCCUCGGAGGGUGUUGAUAACGAGCACCUUGAAAAGACAAGGAGCAUCUCGCUCGAACCGGGCAAGCGGACGCGGGCACAGAGACUGCGUCGCCAUUGGGGGAGAUUCUGGUGCUGUUAUGUCUUUGGAAGCAUUAUCUUUCUCACCAUCUUUCUGCCUAUCUUCUUCCUCGUCAUCCUCCCUGCCAUCGCGCAGCGAGUGGUAGACGGGUCCACGCUGGUGCUUGUCCACGCCGACGUGCUCCAACCACGCCCAGACUCGAUGAUGCUCCGGAUCGACUCAGCCCUCAACCUUCCCCUCAAGAUCCCCGUGCGCAUCGACCCCAUCACCAUGGACCUCUUCAACCGCGACCGACCCGAGAACAAUACCUGGGGCAAAGCCUACCUCCCGUCGGCCCGCAUCUACGGCAACACCACCCUCGCGACCAGCAGCACCCUCACCGCGUUGAAUGUGACCGAGUGGACCGAGUACGUCCGCAGCGUGGUGUAUGAGUCCCACGCCCCUCUCUCAGUCAGGGGGUCGACGACCGCGUACAUCGGCAAGUUGAAGUCCCACGUCACCAUGAACAAGGACAUCCACCAGACCAGUAUGUGGCCCCUACGGCAUGCGAUGGAAGAUUACAGACUAAUAACCCAUGACCGGGGUGAUAUAGCCCUCAACUCCUUCAAGGGCUUCUCCAUCUCGGACCCGCAACUCCUCCUCCGCGCCCACGACGAUGGAACAAACCUCCUCGCCAACGCAACCCUCCCCAACCCAUCCGCCAUGACUUUAGAGAUUGGAACAACAACCCUAAACCUCUACAGCAACACCCUCCUGGUAGGCAACGUCACCCUGGACAACCUCACCCUCACGCCAGGCAACCACUCCACCCCGGUGCGCGGGGUCUUCGACCUGGGCAAGGUGAUCACCAACCUGGGCCGGGUGCUCCGGGACCAGCGCGCGGCGAUCAAGCGCGGAUACCUGGAUCUGACGACUGUCGGCACGGACGUCACCUACGAUGGCGUGCAGGUGCCGUACUACACCGAGGUCAUGCGGAACCUGACCAUGACAGCGCAGGUGCCGCUCGGGAAGCUGGUGGAGAAUACCCUGCGCGGGGUGUUGGUGCGGAAUGGGACGAAUCUUCUGGCGGGGUUGAAUUUGACGACUGUCCCAGCUGCAGCAGUCACCAAAAUCCAGGCACAGAGAUGUGAUGUUACACGUACAGUCGCUACCAGACCGUCUCCUCCAGAAGUAGUCCGUCCACAAGACCCCCGAAAGUCCGUCAUGAGAGCACCCAGACCUAAACCCGGUGGUGACGAUGUCCACCGACUAUGA